AAUAUGCAGUCAACACAGCCAGUCAGAUUAUAUGCUGCCUCCACACAAAGUGUUGCAAGCUGCAGGUGUGGCCUAGCUAGCUUGUUUACAUUAUGAGGUUGGCUAAGGUAGGUAGCCAAUGGAUGUGUGGAUCCAUGUGUUUGGGUUAAGGUCAAAUCAAGAGAUGAUUCAGAUGGAUGGAUAUGGAUGCACCACCACUCCACCACCUUGAGUUGUCUUGUGGUCAAAUUUACCCCUUUGCUACCUCACAAGAAUAUAAUCCAGUUUCAAGCACCAGCUAAUCGUGAACAUGACCACACAUUCCCAUAUCACUAUCACCACUGAACUUUCACAAAACCCACAAGUUUGCACCCUGCUACCAAACAUUCCCAAGCUUACCACUUUGAUCAUGUUUUACACAUUUCAGAAUAGUACUAGCACGUAAACAUUUUCUUUUUUUUUCCUUGCCCAAUAGUGUUGUCCUAGGAAGUGUACUACUAGCUAGGAAUUGAAGAAGCCCUUGACACAUUUUUGCAGCUUCCAUUCAAAUUUCUGUAUAUACUACUACACUUACAUAGUUUGUGCUGGUAGUAGUAUAAAGGGAAUGCCAGUGGUUGGCUCUUGCCUUCUUCUUCUUCUUAAUAAGCUUGCCCACUUGCAAUCCCUUCCGGGAGACAGCUCGACCGAUCAACGCCCAUGGCGCGCGAGUCAUGGCUCGCCAAGGUCCGGUCGGCCAUGACCUCUUCCUCCUCCGGAAAGUCGUCUUCCUCGGGAGCGCCGCCGCCGGCCGGCGGGAAGAAGAAGGCGAGCAGCAGCAACGUGGGCAUCCUGGCCUUCGAGGUGUCGAGCCUGGUCUCCAAGCUCCUCCAUCUGUGGCGCGCCGUCGGGGACGCGGCGGUGGCGCGGCUCCGGCACGAGAUCGUCCACCUCGACGGCGUCCGCAAGGUGGUCUCCGAGGACGACGCCUUCCUCCUCCGCCUGGCCGCCGCCGAGCUCGUGGACGCGCUCCGGUCGGCGGCGGACGCCAUCGCGGCCCUCGCCGCCGCGCGCUGCGCCGACCCCUGCCUCCGCGAGUUCCGGGACGCGUUCAUGGAGUUCGCCGACGCCGGGAUCGACCGGCACCGGUGGUCGGCGCCGUCGUGGAAGGAGAUGGAGGGUCGGGCGCGCAAGCUGGAGAAGCAGGUGGCCAGCACCGCCGCGCUCCGGCGGGCCAUGGAGGAGCUCGCGGACGCGGAGCACGGGCUCCGCAGGUUCCUUCGGGCCGAUGUCGUCGUCUCCGGCUCCGGUGGAGGAGGAGGGCAUCAUCGGCGGAGCAUGUCGGCGAGCAAGAUCUCGGCGGCAUCGGAGCAGCAGCAGGCGAUCUUCUCGAAGAAGCAGGAGGUGAAGCAGCUGAAGCAGACGUCUCUGUGGGGAUGCAGCUUCGACGCCGUCGUCUCCUCCAUGGCGCGCACGGCCUUCACCAUCAUCGCGCGCAUCAAGCUCGUCUUCGUCUUCCCCGGCGCCGGCGGACAGGACCACCAGAGGCCGCUUCACCGGAGCCUCACCCUCUCCGCCGUGGUCCACCCGUCCUCCGCCGAGCCGCCGGCGCCGUCGCGCAAGUCGAUGUCGAUGGAGGCGGCGCCGCCGUUCGACGUCGACGACAUCGUCCGGAGCCGGCGGCGAAUCGGAUCCUUCUUGGAGCAGAGCGCGGUGGCGCUGGUGCCGGCGGCGGGGACGCUGGGGGCGGCGGCGCUGGCGCCGCGGUACGCCGGGCUGGUGGCGGCGAUCGAGCGGAUGGCGCGGCGGCGGCCGGGGCUGCUGGUGACGGACGACCAGGAGCGGGACGAGCUGUACGGGAUGCUGCCGGCGAGCGUGCGCGCGGAGCUCCGGGCGCGGCUGCGCGGCGCGAGCGUGCACCGGCCGGACCCGGGGCUGGCCGGCGAGUGGCGCGCCGCGCUCGGCGGCAUCCUCGAGUGGCUGGCGCCCAUGGCGCACGCCACCGUGCGAUGGCAGGCGGAGCGCAGCUUCGAGCAGAGGAAGUCGACGACGGCCGCCAUGGAGACGAUGCAAAAGCCCCGGCUUGUCGGCGGGAACACGUUCUUGCUGCAGACGCUGGAGUUCGCGGACCGGGGCAAGGUGGAGGCGGCGGUGGCGGAGCUGCUCGUCGGGCUCAACUACGUGUGGAGGUUCGAGAAGGAGAUGAGCUGCCGCGCGCUCUUCGCCGUCCACCGCCAGUUCCUGCAGGAGCGCGGCGGCGACUUCGCCGGCGUUAACGACGAAGACGAAGGCUGCCGAGGCAACGGCAAUGCAACAGUAAGCUCCUGCGCCUAGAUCGAUUGAUCGCCAACCGACCGAUCAGAAAUCGACGAGAGAAAUUAUUCUGCGUGUGUUUGUUUCUCUUUGUCUUUGUCCAUCCACCCCUAAGUAAGUUUUUUGUGGUAAACUGGGGCUGAGGAAUGGGGAUUUUAUGGUGAUUAAUUGGAGUGCUUAAUUGACUCCUCUUGCAUCUAACAAUAGUACAUACAAAUGUUAUUCCUCCCAUUGUAAUACUAAAUGUAGAUAUAGUAUGCUGCUACUGUAUUUUAAUUUGUAUGGUUGAGAUCAACAUGAUCUUGAUAUCCAGCUUGCAAGUUUGACUUGUGACAAUGCAUUAACAGAAAGAAAGCUCCAUCUCUGCAUCA